AUGAAUGCAAAAAAGUCACAGAAUGGUGAUCAAGUGGCUCAGCUGCCUUGGAAGAAGCCGAACCCGCCCAGACGCACCCAGGUCUUGGCUUCGCUAACUGGCCAAGAGAACGCGUACAGUCCCCGUGUCAUAGAUGGGGGCCAUGCCGCUCUGAAACUGCUAGAUCCGACUCCACAUACUCUCGACUCUGCAUCUUCGUUCCAUGUCGAAUUUGAAGUUCCGUAUGAGCGCCAAAGGAUCACUCUGAACCUGCAGCCUUCCAAGAAUGUUGUGUCGCGCCUCACUACCGUUCAGCACAUUAAUUCCACAGACAAUCAUGGUGUCAUCACUGAUAUUCAGAGUCAACGUCCGUUGCUUUACAAGGGUGUAGCAUUUGUAAACGACAUUGAGAAACAGACACAGAGAAGAGUAGGAUGGGCAAGAGUAAUGAUGCGAUAUCGCCAAGACCGACACGUCAUUGAGGGCACUUUCACAAAUGACGGUACUUAUCACCAUAUCUCACUGGAUUCGAAUUACCGCCAGGCGCGACAAAUUCAGGACGGGCAUUUCAGAAAGAGAUCUGAGCGAAUGGUAGUAUGGAAGCAAACAAGGGAUAAAAGCGAAGGAGCUAUUUCGCAAAGGUCACCCUCGGAUGAGCCGACAUGUCAGGCGCAUAGAUACAAUGAUCGACGUCGCCAGGCUCCCGAUGACGAUGACCAGGAUACCCACCGACCUCUACUAGCCCGACAAGAUGUCAACGAUUGGUUCGACCCCAGAGAUGUGAUCGGAUCUACAGAAGGAUGCCCUAACUCACGAAGAGUCGCUUUGAUAGGCAUCGCCGCCGACUGCUCAUACACGGCAGAAUUCGACAACAUGCAAGAUGCGCGAGAUAACAUCAUUUCUCAAGUUAACAUCGCAUCGCAAGUCUACGAAGACACCUUGAACAUCGCACUGGCCAUUCAGAAUUUGACCAUCAGCGACCCAUCUUGUCCUUCUGACGCACCGCGAUCAAUGCCUUGGAAUCUUCCCUGCACAGCAAGCGUCGACAUAAACGACCGCCUGAACUUGUUCACACAAUGGAGGGGCAGACUACGCGACGAUAACGCUGUAUGGUCUCUUUUCAGCGCCUGUCGAAGCGGCUCAACUGUUGGCAUCGCCUGGAUCGGAAGUCUGUGUAAUCGAUCACGAGGAUCAUCAUGGGGUCGUGGCGGUACAGCCUCUGCGAACGUGGUUGUCCGCACUGCUUCGGAAUGGCAGGUCUUUGCGCAUGAGCUGGCGCAUAACCUUGGAGCUUCUCAUGACUGUACAUCGGGCGAUUGUGGGACAUCAGGAUACUCGCCUUCCGAUGACUGCUGUCCCCGGAGUGAGACCACUUGCGAUGCCCGAAACCAGUACAUCAUGAACCCUCAAAGCUCUCCUGGUCUGGAGGAGUUCUCGCCCUGUACUAUUGGCACCAUCUGCACAGGUAUUGGCGAGGAGCACAUCGAUACAAGUUGCCUUGUCAGUGAGAACGAGGUCCCCGACAUUAACGACAGCCAAUGUGGCAACGGCAUCGUCGAGCCUGGAGAGUCAUGCGACUGCGGAGGUGAAGAUCGAUGCCCAGCAGAUUCCUGCUGCAACCCUUCGACUUGCCAGCUCCGUAGCGGUGCCGAGUGCGAUCCACUCACAGAUGGAUGUUGCACUGACGAAUGCCGGGUCGCUUCAAGCGGCUUAGUCUGCCGUGAAAGUACAUCCUCCUGUGAUCCCGAGGAGACAUGUGACGGAAGUUCAAGCCAGUGUCCGGUUGACGUACAAAACUGCGACGAUGAUGAGGACUCAGGUAGUAGAGGAGGAGGAGGAGGAGGAGGAGGAUCAGCAGGGAGUUGGUUCGAUAGGAACAGGACGGCUGUCAUUGCGACCGCGUCUUCUGAAGAGGAGAAGAAGGCAGAGGGGAGCGCCCUUGCAGAGUGGAAAUAUUAG